AUUCCGGGGGGGUCCAUGGGGGUCUCACAGCCCCCCUUUCCCCCCUCAGCCAUGACCCAGCGGGACGUGCCGGGCUUUGCCAUCGGGGGCCUGAGCGGGGGCGAGGACAAGGCGCGGUUCUGGCGCGCGGUGAAGUUCAGCGCCGAGCGCCUGCCCCGGGACAAGCCCCGGUACCUCAUGGGCGUGGGCUACGCCACCGACCUGGUGGUUUGCGUCGCGCUGGGCUGUGACAUGUUCGACUGCGUGUUCCCCACCCGCACCGCGCGUUUCGGCUCCGCCCUGGUGCCCUGGGGGUCCCUGCAGCUGAAGAACCAACAGUUCGCCAAAGAUUUCCGCCCCAUCGACGAGGACUGCGCCUGCCCCACCUGCCAGAGGCACAGCCGGGCCUACCUGCACGCGCUGCUCCGCUCCGAGACGGCCGCGCUGCAUCUGCUCACCCUGCACAACGUCGCCUACCAGAUGAAGCUGAUGGGCUCCAUCCGGGAGAGCAUCCUGAGGCAGCGCUUCCCAGAGUUCGUGCGGGAGUUCAUGGACACCAUGUACGGGGGGCGGGGGGGGGCCCCCGACUGGGUCAGGGAGGCUCUGGCCUCUGUGGGCAUCACCCUGGACUGACAGGGACCCCCCCUCAAUCCCAGGGGGACCCCCAAGCUUCUCCUGUGCCCCCCAAUCCCAGGGGGGACCCCUAGACCCCCCUUGU